AUGAUGGAUACAAGCAUCCAAAAAGUCAUACACACAGACCUUCAAAAGUCUUCACCUUAAAUUCCAAACACAGAUGUGUUAGUGUGUAAUUCUCCAGAGACUCCAAGAUAGACCAAAAAGGUUCAGACCCUAAACAAACAACAAGAAAACAGCCAAAAAGAGACCAAGAUGAGAUCAAGCAGCCAAAGUUCUGAAAAUUCCAAGACUUGUCCAUCUAACAAAUUCAAAACAACCACCAAGAAAGAAGACAACAGAGAUGAUGAAGACGAGGAUGAAGAAGAGAGAUCAGUAGAUCAGAGCCCUUCGCGCAAUAGCUAUGUGGAAGAGAGUGGGAGUCACCAUCAUAAUAAUGAUCAGAUCAAGAAAAAUGGUGGAUCUGUGAGGCCGUACAACCGCUCAAAGACUCCAAGGCUGAGAUGGACACCUGAGCUCCAUCUCCGCUUCCUUCAAGCUGUGGAGAGAUUGGGUGGACCAGAUAGAGCAACACCGAAGCUUGUUCUUCAAUUGAUGAACGUCAAGGGGCUUGGUAUUGCCCACGUUAAGAGCCAUCUUCAGAUGUACAGAAGCAAGAAGACCGAUGACCCAAAUCAAGGAGACCAAGGAUUUUCGUUUGAACACGGAGGUGGUUACACUUGCAACCUUGGUCAACUUCCAAUGCUACAAAGUUUUGAUCAAAGGCCUUCUACCAGUUUAGGAUACGGUGGCGGUUCGUGGACCGACCAUAGACGCCAGGUCUACCGUAGCCCUUGGAGAGGCUUAACAGCACGAGACAGUACAAGAACAAGACAAACACUGUCUAGCUCACAAUCUGGCGAGAGAUUUCGUGGAAUUAGUAAUAAUAUUCUUGAUGAUAAGAAUAAAACUAUUUUGUUUCGAAUCAAUUCUCAUGAAGCUGCUCAAGAGAACAAUGGAGUAGCUGAAGCAGUUCCAAGUAUUCAUAGAAGCUUUCUUGAAGGUAUGAAAACGUUAAGCAAAUCAUGGGGACAGAGCCCCUCCUCCAUUCCCAAUUCUUCGACCGCAUCAAGGCCACAAGAUCUUUGUGCUACCACAUUAAGUUCUAAUCAAAAGGAGAAUCUUAGAGUGGCAGAAGAAACGGAGAAUGUUUUGAAGAGGAAAAGAUUGUCACUGUCUGAUGAUUGCAAUAAGUCGGACCAAGAUUUGGAUCUAAGUUUGUCCCUUAAGGUACCUCGGACUCACAACAACCUUGGAGACUUCUUGUUAGAAGAUGAAGAAAAAGAACAUGAUGAUCAUGAAGAUAUCAAGGGUUUGUCUCUCUCGUUAUCUUCUUCGAGUUCAUCAAAAUUCGAUCGAGUCAUUAGGAAAGAAGAUCAAAAUGAUCCUAAAACAAGAAAUAUUUCGGUUUUGGCAAGUCCCCUUGAUCUCACUUUGUGAAUAUAUAUAUAUAUAACAACAUAUAUAUACGUAUAUUCUAAGUGAGAUCUUGAGGUACUUGUCGAUGGAAGAUGCCUUCCUUGCUGUUUUUCAUUCGCUGCAUACUUGUGACAAGACCGAUAACUAAGGUAAUAAUAGAGACAUUUUUUAACAUUGUUCUGAUCCAUUUCCCAUAUAGUUUUGUCAAGAUGUUAAAUGCUUAUUUAAAUAUAAAUGUUUGUGAUCGA